CCAGUUUCGGAGUGCCCCAGUCUCCCACCCCCAGCUCCACCAAGUCACCGCACCGCCGCAUCUAGGUCACCGCCUCGCCGGCGUUUCGCCAUGGCCGGGGACUGGCAGGACCUGGGCCAAGCGGCGGCCAUAGGCCUCCUCUUCGCCUUCCUGCUCGCCAAGCUCAUCUCCACCGUGAUCGCCUUCAAGGAGGACAACCUCCGCAUCACGCGCUCCCCUCCGUCCUCCCCCACAGCCGCCGCCCCAGCUCCCGCGACGUCUCCCCUCCCCUCCCAACACGACGCCGCAAUCGGAAGCGGCAGUGACAGCGAUUGGGAGGGCGUGGAGAGCACCGAGCUGGACGAGGAGUUCAGCGCCGCCUCCGCCUUCGUCGCGGCCUCCGCCGCCUCCGGCACCAGCGUCCCCGAGGAGGCGCAGCUGCGCCUCUACGGCCUCUACAAGAUCGCCACCGAGGGACCAUGCACCGGGCCGCAGCCGUCCGCGCUCAAGCUCAAGGCCCGUGCCAAAUGGAAUGCUUGGCAUAAGCUGGGUGCUAUGCCUACGGAAGAAGCUAUGCAAGAAUACAUCACAAUUGUUCAGGAGCUAUUCCCUAACUGGGAUGCAGGUACAAGUGCGAAAAGGAAAGAUGAAGAAAGCAUUACUUCUGCAUCAGCUUCGAAGGGGCCCAUGGGACCUGUGUUUAGCAGUUUGAUGUAUGAGGAAGACGAAGGGAAUGAUUCAGAACUUGCUGACAUCCAUGUUUUAGCGAGGGAAGGAGCAACUGAGGAUAUAGUGAAGUUUCUGGCAGCGGGUGUGGAAGUCAACAUGAGAGAUACUGAAGGUAGAACUCCGCUGCACUGGGCUGUUGACCGUGGCCAUCUUAGUGCUGUUGAGGUUCUUGCAAAAGCAAAUGCGGACCUGAAUGCCAAGGACAACGAAGGGCAAACGGCACUCCACUACGCUGCUGUUUGUGAAAGAGAAGACAUCGCAGAAUUGCUCGUGAAGCAUCAUGCCGACCUUCAGAUCAAGGAUGAGGAUGGGAACACGGCACAGGACCUGUGCCCUCCGAGCUGGUCUUUUAUGAACCGGGCGAACUGACAACCAACAUGCUACCUUACAUUAGCUGUACUCUAAGCUGGUACCGCACUUGGUCAUGUGCUUUUUCUUUAUGGGGGACAUAUGGUGUACCUGGUGUGCCCUGUGUGAAGUGCCGUGCGUGGCGCCCGCUAUGACGAUUGGGAAAUCAGAUGAGCUGUUUUAUUUUAUCCACCUCAUCUAACUAGUUGUCAAAACUCAAAAGUCGAGUGGUUGAAGUGUUAGUGCUGGGAGAUACAUGUGUUGCCUUACACCAAUGGUCUGUUACUGUUAGUGAAAAGGAACUACAAUCAUACAUGUACCUUGUUUCCUUUGUAUUUAUUGGCCCGCCGUUUGUGUGUU